GAAUCCUUACUCUUUGGCGCCGAAACUAACCUCAAAUCAAGCAAGUUGUCAAAAUUCUUCCUCGGUAGCUCGGUAUUUAUUUAAUUCCACUCAACUAAAAUUAGAAUGUCUUUCCAACCUUAUGAAUAAAACCUCAACUCAUUCCCGUUUUUAAACUCCAAGAAUUAGCUCUUCCUACUGUUCUUCCAAGCAAGCACAAUGAAACCCAACAUCCAAAAAGAAAAUAUCAUCGUGGAAAACUUCAUUGUUCAUUACAUGCUAAGUUUUAAACACCUUUGUUUAGUGACGGUAACGUGCCCCCUUCUAGCCCUCAUCAUCUGCUUCAUAACCGCGUAUAUUUUCCAACCGGACGACAUCCACGAAACCCAUUGUCGUGUUUAUAAUAUUAUACCGUCAAUCAGCGCAAUCACAGGGAUAAGCCCCCAGAGGUACUUGUGGAGAAUCAGUGUCGCAUUUCACAUUGGACCAAGGUUUAUCAUAGCAGCAGUACACAAAUCAUACCAUUUGAAUCUGAUCAAUGUGUCGUCAAAACACCACGAUAAGGCCAAGUGGUGGCUGAAUUUGGCUUUCUGGUUAAAUGUCCUGGAAAUUGGGUCGCUGUGUGGGGUCACUUACAUUUCAAACAGGGAAAACUAUCCCAUUCAUGAGAAAUUGUUUAUAAUUUUCAUGGUGAGCAGCCUUACGCACAUGCUUGCGUGUAUCAAAGCGAUAAGAUGGGUGGCGGAAACAAAUAAUGAUCUUGAAAGUGUUCAGAAAGGUUUAUUGAUUAAGAAGUGUCUCCUAAUUCUCUCACUGGUUAGUACAGUGGGACUUGUUACGUUUUUCCUCAAACACAGAUUGUUGUGUCAUGAUAUGGCUUUCAGUUGGUUUGCGUUCUGUGAAUACAUAAUUGCGUUGGCCAAUAUGGCAUUUCACAUAACAGUGAUUUUGGAUUUUCCUACUGAACAUUUAGUUGUUGCAAAAGGAUUACAUCCUGUAACAAAAAAUAAUAAGUUUGAUUGAAAAUUUGUUACUAUUGAGCUAGUCAAUUAUACUCUCUUUUUUUCUUAGUUUCUAAGUAAAGUGUUACAUUCCAUCAAUACUGUUGUGAUUAUGAUAUUAUUUUUACUUUUUUUUUCUAUUGAAUCUCAUUGCAAUAGACUGGACUGAACUGUAUUUAUUUUUUACAACUCCUAUUUUUACAUAAUUAUGAACCGUGGGUGAGUCUUAUUUUUGAUAACUGCCUAAACUUAAUUAUUGGUAAAUUGUAGACUAAAAUUUAAACAAGAAUUAGUAUUUUAUAUAAUAACAUUGGAAGAAUUUUAACUUUUAGCAAUAUAGUUCAAACUCUUGUAAUUGGACAAGUUCAAGAGAAGUUUUGCUCAGUCAAAUGCUUCUAGUUAUUUAGUCAUGAAGGUUGAGGAGGCUACACUAAUCAGACGUUGAUAAGUCAUUUUCCUUAACAAUUAUUUUAGUAAUCUUUGUUCCCAAUCGGGAGAAUUUCAUAGGUUUAGAACUAAAUUAGGAUUUUGUCUCAAAGUUCUUCGAAUUGUCUUCAAUAAAAUUAACUUUAAGUUCCAUUCUUGUAGGCUUUAAUUUUCCGAAUGAAGUUAACCUAGUCAUGUGAAAUGUAUACAUAUCAGUUGUUUGAAUAAAACUCAAAAUAAA